AUGAAGCUGGAGACAGCCCCAGAUAUGAGUGAGUGGCGAGAGGACGACUUUGCCCUCAACUGCACCUACAUCGUCCCUGACCAGAUGUUGGACCCCAGCUUCGGUGUGCCCAAAGCCAUGACGUCCAUACCCCGCAACCUCACCUUUGAGUACAGCACAGAGAAUGAGGUAGGAACUUUAUUACAAAUCACAUUAAACAGCAUUUCUGUGAAGGCGGCAGAUUUAGAACCAGGUUGGGAAUACAGUACAGCCAAGUGGCAUGUUUGUGUAUUGAAAUGUACUGUGAUACACAAUCAUUUAGGUUGGACUGUUUUUUUAUGCUCAUGGAGUAUGUAGAUAAUAAUGACUUUCAUACAUACUCUAUUAAUUAAGUCUGAAUUAAUCUGGGACAGUCAGCGGUCCAUGAUAAGUUGCGGUCAAGGGUCAUGUUAGGCGCAAGCAAGAGUUUCUCCAUUCCAUUUUGGUCCGUUCAGUGUCACAAUGGCCUCCUCGUGAGCGCUCCGGUAAAAGGCCUUAGCCUCUUUACCGUUCCCAUGUCUCUAUGUCAGUAUUACAGUCAUGUCUCUGGAUCAACACAUACCCACACGUAUCCGGGAACAGGUAGCUGCAAUACUGAAACAAAUUCCUUGUCAUCAUGUGUCUUUUCCAUAUUGCAUCACAACCACCUUAGUUUCUUCACUGCCAGGAUCUUCCAACCACAACCAGGCAUAAGGGUCAUAUAUCUUAACCCCAUGGUAGUCAUCCACCUACCUAAGAAGAAGUCAGGGAUCAGCUCAGCUGCAUCCAGGUGAUCCAACCUGAGCCGUAUAAUCACAUCAACAGUUCCCGCUCUUGCCCUCCUUCCUUCUCCCCUCUCCCUCCAUUUAGGUGAAUAAGUAUUGUACACAAUAUCUCGAGGUUAUGUGUGUCAGGGAAUCAGCUGACUGGCAUGGCCUUAUUAUGACUCACUAGAGAAGGGAUCUGAGGUGUGAGGUUUUAGGCCAGAGGGUGUCCUAAAAUGGACACCAUGCUAGAGGUUUUCUAUAGUACAUGUUCUUGUGAAAAGUGAACUUAAAAUUGUGGCAGAAAAGUCCCCCCUUUCUUUUUUAAAAAAAAGGCUGUAAUUCUCUCGCAUACUUCUCACUUGGUCAAUCUUCUUCACUUUUCGUGUGGUUAAGUGAGCAUACCCUUCCUUCCUCCUUCUCUCAGUAUCUUCAUCCGAGCAACGCUUAGAUGUACCUCCUUUAGCUGCGAGUGUCUCUUCUCUUCCUCUCUCUGCUGCUUUUUCUGCCUAGGCCUGCGAGAGGUGUGAAAAUUGUGGUUAUAAACUCAUGAUAAAGUUUUAUAUGACUGUGUUAGUCACCUUCCACCCUCACAAACACAAACAUCAGCCAAACCAGAUGUAGCAUGUUGAAUACAUAGUGCAAGACUUCACUUUCACACCAAGGGGUUGUGAGAACUCUCUUCCUGUUUCAGCAGAGGCAAAGUGACCCUCAACAUACAUUACUUGUACUUGUAAGCACAACAUUUUUAUAUGAGUGUCUCAGUGAAACACACGUGUAAAGUACAACAUUUCAAACAUGUUACAGUCAUUGACAUAUAAUUUGUCUUUUGUUAAGGCUUGCUUUGUCCCUCAAGAGUAGUUUCCCUUUCUGAUAAUGGUGUCAUGUCAAUUUCUCACCUGAAUAGUUGGCAUUUGCUUGGGGAAUCCAUAUCCCAUAUGGCGUUUUUUUAUGUCUUGGCAUCUUACCUUUAUGUGUGUGUUUCCAGGUCAAGGUCACAGUGCCAGAUGGGUGUGUCAGUCAGCAGGAAACAGACACAUGACAAAUGAAACAAUAUAAAACCUAUGAACUACCUAUGGGGACUUCACAUGUACUUAAUAGUCCUUGCCAGACAUUGUUUGUUACCAGUCAUUGUUUAGUCAUUGUUUAGUCAUUGCGAUUGCCAAUUAUGGAAAAGUACUACUUUUCAAUUCUGGGAUUCUCUCAGUUGUUCACCAAGUCAUUAUUGAGCAACAGAAAGAGAAAUUCUAAUUCAUUUUCAUAUUACAUUUUUUUGGCUCCUCUUUGAGUUCUAAUGUAAACUAUACAUACAAAAGUAUGUGGACACCUCUUCAAAUUAGUGGAUUUGGCUAUUUCAGCCACACCCGUUGCUGACAGGUCUAUAAAAUCAAGCACACAGCCAUGCAAUCUCUAUAGACAAACAUUGGCAGUAGAAAGGCCUUACUGAAGAGCUUAGUGACUUUCAACGUGUCACCGUCAUAGGAUGCCACCUUUCCAACAAGUCAGUUCGUCAAAUUUCUGCCCUGCUAGAGAUGCCCCGGUCGACUGUAAGUGCUGUUAUUGUGAAGUGGAAACUAGGAGCAACAACGUCCCAGCCACGAAGGAGUAGGCCACACAAGCUCACAGAACGGGACCGCCGAGUGCUGAAGCGUGUAGUGCAUAAAAAUCGCCUGUCCUCGGUUGCAACACUCACUACCGAGUUCCAAACUGCCUCUGGAAGCAACGUCAGCACAAUAACUGUUUGUCGGGAGCUUGCUGAUAUGGGUUUCCAUAGCCAAGCAGCCACACACAAGCCUAAGAUCACCAUGCGCAACGCCAAGCGUCGGCUGGAGUGGUGUAAAGCUUGCCGCCAUUGAACUCUGGGGCAGUGUAAACGCGUUCUCUGGAGUGAUGAAUCAAGCCUCACCAUCUGGCAGUCCGACGGACGAAUCUGGGUUUGACGGAUGCCAGGAGAACGCUACGAGCCCCAAUGCAUAGUGCCAACUGUAAUGUUUGGUGAAGGAGGAAUAAUGGUCUGGGGCUGUUUUUCAUGGUUCGGGAUAGGCCCCUUAGUUCCAGUGAAGGGAAAUCUUAACGCUACGGCAUACAAUGACAUUCCAGACAAUUCUGUACUUUCAACUUUGUGGGAACAGUUUGUGGAAGGCCCUUUCCUGUUUCAGCAUGACAAUGCCCCCAUGCACAAAGCGAGGUCCAUACAGAAAUGGUUUGUCGAGAUGAGUGUGGAAGAACUUGACACACUUUUGGGCUGAAUUGGAACACCGACUGCGAGCCAGGCUUAAUCGCCCAACAUCAGUGCCCGACCUCACUAAUGCUCUUGUGGCUGAAUGGAAGCAAGUCCCCACAGCAAUGUUCCAACAUCUAGUGGAAAGCCUUCCCAUAAGAGUGGACCAUUCCUUAAAGACCCGUAUGGAUUAAUGCCAACACGGGUAACACAAACACUCACACAUAAAUACACCUCCCAGUCAACAGCUGAGGCUGUAAGACCAUGAAUGGAAGGAUUUGGCUGGUCAGAGUAGAAGAGGGGUCACUCCCCCCUUCCUCUCCUCCUUCUCUCCUCCUUCCACCGCUGUUCGUAACCCCUAAGCGUGCCGGGGGUGCGAGGGCGCAUGUGGCAGAUGGGGCGUGGGGUGUGCCAAGAGGGGGGGGGGGCAAGAGCGGGAGGAGGGGGAGGAGGUGGGUAAGUAGGUUAAGCUCCAACGAUUAACUUUCGUUUGGGGCGCAGGGCAGGCAUCGUCACGGGCCUUUCCAGGCUGCGAGAGGACCUAUUCUGAGCAGGGACAGUUAGGGGGGAAGGUGGGAGGGAGCGUGGUGGCGUGGUCCAGUCAAGAAGCGAACGAUACUCUUCUCCUCCUUCCCCACUUCCUCAUCUUCUUAUAAACCUGGUUGAGCGGUCGUUAAGCAGCAGCCCUGUUGCAGCUCAUUCAUUAGUCACGCUAAACCGGGGCCACACAAUAUCCCUGUCACACUCAGUCUCGUCUCACCCUCCGUCACCCCCUGGCCAGGACUCAACAGAUCUUCAAGACAAAGCCCCUUAAGACCCCCAAGCUAUGGGUGCGUCCCACAGAUGCUCCCUGCCAAGCGGGCGUGUCCACUGAUUUGGAGAUGGCGUGUGCCUUAUUCAAACCUCCAGUACUUUCUAAAGAAUCCCAAUUGAAGUAUGAGUCAGGUUGCUAUUCCCGGCCGUCAGGGCUCAGGGGAGAGAGUUCUAUGGUAGUUAUUUCCCUGUUUCCUUUUCCCAGCUCUUGAGUUAAAUGUGGAAGCGUUUUUUUUCUUUAUUUUAUGGGAAGCCUAGACAUAAGUGUGUAACUUGAGUCUGAGUGUAGACAUUAAACACGUACCAAAAAAGUCCAGGCUACAGAGACUGGUGGUCAUUCUCACCAGCGGGGGAAGCGGUGAGCUGAGUUAGCCUCAGGUGACUUAUGUUCUCUCUCUGUCCCUGUAAAAGGCUCUGUAUGGUCAAUCCGUCAUCUGCAGUGGCCGUAGAGCGUUUACUGCGAUACGGCCUCUGCAGAAGUCAGGGCAUUUGUACUUCUUGAGCUUUGCUGAGCAGAGCAGAGCUGUUGUGAAGGAAGUUGUUAAGGAAGUGAGUUUGUGUAUAUACUGUCAAUGCGGAUCUAUACGGACCCCUCCGCAUUGUUAAAACAUUUGGUUGGCGCACGGCGGUGCAGUACAGAGCUCAAUUUGGCCUCUGCAUGGCUCCAGAGGCUCCGCAAUUAAUAAUAAUAAUAAUAAUAUGCCAUUUAGCAGACGCUUUUAUCCAAAGCGACUUACAGUCAUGCGUGCAUACAUUUUUGUGUAUGGGUGGUCCCGGGGAUCGAACCCACUACCUUGGUGUUACAAGCGCCGUGCUCUACCAGCUGAGCUACAGAGGACCACAAUUGCGUCACACCAUCCAUACGGUGCCUCCGACCACAUUGUCGGAUCAAGCAAAGUCAAUGGUGUUUACGAGGACAGUCGAGGACAGUCAGCAAGUCAGAGAAGCAGGUCAGAGAAAGUGUAAUUCCCUUCUUUCAUUUAACUCAUUAGGCAAGAGUAAGAAAGCGGGUCACCUUGGAGCUCAGAAGAGAAGAUAAGAGCUCCUGUCUGGGUCAGCAUGUCAAGGCCAUAGAAAUACAAUUGGUAGAACAGAAAAAGUUCCUCAGGCCACAGCAAAUUAACUGCACCCUCAUGCUUCUAGUAACUUUAUUUCUAUGGUCAAGGCUGUCUUAAGGAACUGGCACUGUUUGACUGACUAAUGUUUGAUAGCAUGGGUCCCAGAUCUGUUUGUGCUGUCUUAAGAUCUGGUUCUCAGGCUAACUGUUUGACUCCCAUAGCAUGGAUUAGUGACUGAUGAUUUAUUGUCUUGUGUUUAGGUGACAGGCGUGUUCAGCAAAGAGUACAUUCCUCAGGGGACUCGGUUCGGGCCUCUGCAGGGUGAAAUCUACACCAAAGACAACGUCCCCAAACAGGCCAACAGGAAAUACUUCUGGAGGGUGAGUUGGCGGAAUAACCGUUCAAGUUCACACGCACACACACGGUUUGUUUGACCAUGGUCCAAUUGUCCUCUUCAUUCAGGUUCAUAGUUCUUCCUAUCUUAUCCUAACAGGAUUUUGGCAGCCACAAAUUAGAUUUGGCAUACUCAAAGGAACCAGGAUUACCAAAAAUAGUUAUAACUUGCUCUCAGUCAGCUGGAGUUGUAUAUGAAGACAUACUGUAAAUACCAGCCAGGUCACCCGUGAUACAAGUCAGUAUUCAACGUCCAUCCAUGUCUGAAGACGUCAGGAGAUGACGUGGAAACCAGCCACAAGGGGCAACAAUGAGUGCUGUUACAUUCAAGUAGGUUUCGGUUUUGCUAAUGCGUUGUGGACAGGGCUGGCGAAUGGGCAUAAGCCUCUGCCUCUGAUUCCAAAGGUUGCAAGUGCGAAUCCAGCAAAAAAAUGUUUUAAACCUAUCCCAAACCUUAACCCUUACCUUAACCAUUCAGAGUUAAUGCCUAACCUUCAAAAUUUGGAGUCAAUGCCUGAACUUAACCCUAACCUUCAAAAUGCUGAGUUAAUGCCUAAACUUAACCUUAAACACUUCGAAAUUUGACGUUGAAUGUCUAAUUCUGACGUGAGAAUGUGAGAGCUGGUUGGUAAAUACAUUCAUGAAAGCAGGUGAAUAAAAUGAUACUGUGGGUUCUAGGGGAAAAAUCUCAAUGCCUUACCUAACAACCAGCUAUGGGAACUGUUUCUCGAAAGAGACGGGAAAAGAGAUUUGACCGCAAAUUCGUCCUAGUUUUCUUCUCCAAUUAUUAGUAGAAAAAGAAGCAAAAGUGGUAAAUCAGUUUCACACCAAGUCAGUCACUUCCCAUCUAAAAGGAAAGAAAAAUGCUUUGCACAGAAGCCUAGAGGUAUUCAGGGGUUUUUGACAGAUUUUUGAGGAAGUUGUGGAUCUUUACACGCACGCAACAAUUGCAUUCAUCACAGUUAUACUAACUGCUUUCCCAGUGCUCAAGUCCCAUUCAACAAGUGUGACAAAUAGGAAAUGAUUGUUAGUGUUCCCCUCUCUUUCUCUCAUACACUUCCUUCUCAUUCCCACAUACCCUCAUCCUCUCUCUGUCUCCCAGCGGUGACUUGACUCAUUCAGGAGUUUUCUCUGAGUUGUUUCCCCGUUGUGGGCUUUCUGUCCUACGUUUUUCACCUUCCUUCUGGCAUUUCCUGUAAACCAGAUCCGUCCCGUCCUAUUACUGCAAAUUGGUGAAAGUCUGACUCGCCUCGAGAGUAUGUCAACACUCUCUCACGAGACAGGUGUGGAUGUGUGUGACGUGUGUGUGUGCCUGUGAGCACGUGCCACCAUCUAUUUUUGUGUGUUCGUGUAUCUGCCAACACAACUCCUCUUACAUUUCCUCAAGAGAUGUCAGUAAAAACAAUUAAAGUGCACCCUAUAUUUAAUAAAUUACUGACAACUUGACAAGUGAGGAAAUGUAAUGGAAAUGUCUAGGGUUGACAAUUUUAUGAUGUGCUGUAUCUCCUGGUGGGAAGCAGCCAUUCAAGUCUGGGCAAGUUGAGAGAAACCCCCAACCAGAGUGUGAGAGAAACAGAAAGAGAAAAAAAAACAUGUUUGUCUGGGCAUGCGUUCAAACUCUUUGACCCGCCCCCUCUUUGCCACGCCCCCUCUCAGUCAGUGUAACUCAGCAGCUGAUAAAAGCAGUGACAGCGCUGAUUUCACACCAGACAGUGACAGUAGUUCAGGAACACACACAGUGCGCAGGACACACACUCAAGACACAACACAAGUGGAACAAUAACCAGAUCAUUAGAAGAGGAUAUAGGAGACUAUUCUGUACAUGGCAGAGGUGAACUAUGCUUUCUAUCUAUAUACUGUGAUAACUGCUGUCAAUGGCUGUCAGCUCAACAGCUCAACUGCUACAGUGAAUAUCUCAGUCAUGAGUGAAUGUAACAGUACAGUAGAGAUCAGUCAGUUACAAAGUUGUGUACAAACUGAUGUUACACUACGUUUAAAUACAAGUGUGUGUGUGUGUGUUCUAUUCCUUUAUUGGAUUGUAUUAUAUUGUAUUCUUAUCACACUCUCCCCUCUUUUCCCUCUCAGAUCUAUAACGGCGGGCAGCAACACCACUUCAUCGACGGCUAUGACUUGCAGCGCAGCAACUGGAUGCGCUACGUCAACCCGGCGCACUCGCUGUCCGAACAGAACCUGGUGGCGUGCCAGAAUGGACCCGACGUCUACUUCUACACCAUCAAGCCCGUGGAGCCCAGGCAGGAGCUGCUGGUGUGGUACAGCCAAGAGUUCGCCCAGAGACUGUGCAGCCAACCAGGAGACGAGCUCAAACAAAGUGAGUACCAUAUUCGAUUAUUUUGCCCUCCUCUCAUCUGUUCACUCUCCUCAACUCCGCUCCGUAUUUCUUUCUCCUCUACCCUCUCCCUCAUCUUCCACAUCCUCUACUCUUCUCUGUACUCAUUUUUCUCUCUAUGCUCUCCUUUAAUUGCUUCUUCCAUCUACUCUCUAACUCUCUCUUUUCUGUGGCUCUACAAUAAAACACUAUUCUAUGUUAUGACACUCAAUGACAAACUGUUAGUGGGUGAGAGGGCAAUGUAGUAAAAGACAGUCAGGUGUGCAUGUUCUUUUCAUACCUAUAUCAGAUAAAAAGGGGAUUUCAAUCUGUGUGUGUGUCUGCUCGAUAGGAUGACACAAAGGUGAGCCAUUUUUGUCUGAUCACAGACUUUCAUCAUUGUUGUCUUCAAUUGAUAAGAUCCGAGUUUAUUAGAUGGUAGACAAUGAGACUGAGUGUGACGGAAACGGUUUCCUGUCUUAUUCACUUUUUGGAGCGGGUGGCAUUGUUAUGGAAUACAUCCUGAGUUGGGAGAGAGAUUUACUGACAGACACAAUACACGGCUGCACCUGCUCUAAUGUAGAAGACAGCUCACCCACACACACAAACACACUCACUCUUCUUUACACAACAUAGGGACAAUCUCAAAGGAUGUAGGAAAGUCAUCUCAACAAUGCCUGGUCAAGUAAAGUCCAUGAGUCAUAGUCAGCUGUAAAUUCAGGUAUGGCAAGUUGUCCAUUCAUUACAUGACAAAUAGUUUUGUUGCCAGAAACUCUGUAAGUAGACCUUAAACUAUAAUUACAUUACACAGUCAUUCAACCUGUUGACUAAUGUUGACUAGGCUACAAUGACAACUGCAUUGACACAGUCCUUUUUACAGUAUACUCCACACACUUGGCGAAACCCCUGAUAAAGACUAUAGUAAAUAGGCUAGCCCUCUAAAAUUAAACAAAACAAUAUAUGAUAAAAGUAGCUUAAAUAGUCUAUUCAAACACAUUUGGUUUAAAAUGACCAAUUUAUAGGCCUAAUUAAAUGGCUUAACAUUUUUUCAAUGACCAGGUUGGCACUGAACAGGUGAAAGUGGAAAGUUAAUGCCUAAGCUUUGUAUUAAUGCACGGUUUAAUGCACUUUUGUAGCCUACAGGGGUUUGUCUUUCUCUUUAAUCCUGGUUGUAAGGCAAUUCCUGUUAAACAGUUAGUAAUGUGUCAGUUAAGGUACACAGCUAUUCACAUACAUCAUUAGUAGGACUUCAGACAAGCUAACUAAACGGCAGUAGCCUGCGGCCACAUUUCCAAAUGUAUUUCUUCCUGCGGUUCUGAGAAAGACGCUUGUGUGGUAAUUGACACCUUGCGACAGAAACGUCCCAAAGAUUAAAGCUCUUUGUUUUACUAUCAUUCCUACAUGACACAUACCCACACACACCCACACAUCAAAAUGAAAACAUUGCUAUCAUAGUGCCAGACAGAAACCUAGAUCUCUUUGAAGUUUCAUCUAAAAACUGAAACCAUCAUCAUCAUUUACCAUAAGAGGGAGUGCUAGGGAGGAUGUGAGAGCUCGAGUGUGAGUGUGGUGUGUCAUUAGUCACUUCUCACUUCGUUAAGACUGAACUUUGUCAUUUGUCAAUCAAUACUGUCCUAUUAUAGAGUGAUAAGUGAAUAAUGGCACAUUAGGUCUACACAAAGGACGGAUUGAAGUUGUAUUAUUGUGUGGAUUGGAUAGGUUGACAAUUGUUUUUACAGUGUAUUUCAUACACACUCAAACCCAACCCACUGUAUUUGACUUGUACCACUAUGUCUGACCUUGUGUUUUUUCUUCUUCCAUAGAACACGUAAGCAGAGAUGUCAGAGAAUCCGAGUUCACCAAACAACAGCAGACCUGGCUCCUGAAAGAGAAGGAGGAAAUGAAAGACGAGAGUGAGGAUGAAAGGGAGGAGAGAAUUGACGUGGAGGUGCUGGAAAGAGACACUCCACCCGACACGCCAGACGACCAAAUCAUGGACUUCAGCCAGAAGAUAGAGAAUGAGAAGGUGACCCAGGACCACCAGGGACCCAUCCCCUCUCCUCAACCUGACCAGAGAGAGCCCAACCUGGGAUCUCAUGUCUACGGCUUCCCUGAGCGCCACCCUACUGCCCCCUCCCCGCACCGCAACCUCCCCCUCCACCUCCACGGACUCUACGGCCACAGAGAGGGCCUAGUGUCCUCCUACCCCCUCUACCACCCCUCCAGACCCCUUCAAACCCCCUACCAGCUUAUCCCCCCAUACAGCAGCCCCCACUACCCCCAUCUCCUCCUCCCCCAGUACUCCCCACCCUUCCCUGGGAUGCUCCCCUCCAGAGACCCUCUGCGGUACAGCAGCUACCUGAGUAGCGAUGGACUUCCAUACCCCUCCAUGGCCCACCAGCCUGGUCUGCUCCCAGUGUCUUUGCCCUACCCCGGAGCUACUCAGGGAGGGCUGAAGGAGAGGACCCCAAAUAUGUCACCUCCUUGUGGGGCCCCAGCCACCCCAGAGCUCUCUCCCCUUCCCAAGCAGGAGCACCAGACGCCCCUGCAGUCACCCUGUGGCUGUGAGGAGGCCAUGAACCUCAGCCUGGCCAUGCCAAAGAGCAGCCCCUCGCCACCUGCUGCCCCUGGGUACAAAUCCCUACCCUACCCCCUGAAGAAACAGAACGGCAAGAUCAAGUACGAAUGCAACGUCUGCAUCAAGACUUUCGGACAGCUGUCCAACCUCAAGGUGAGGAUCUUAUAGACAUAGGUGGUCCUUUUGGUUUCUUUGGUGGCCCAAUCGAUUCCUGUCUUAUUGUGGGUUCCUAUCUAAUCUAGGCAUUUUUCUUUUAGGUGCAUCUGAGAGUUCACAGUGGAGAGAAGCCCUUCCAAUGUCACCUCUGCAAGAAGAGCUUCAGCCAGCUAGCCCACCUGCAGAAGCACCACCUGGUCCACACAGGAGAGAAACCACACGAGUGCACAGUAUGUUUGUGUUUUGAUCUGCUUGUUCCAGUCUACUUGACCUCUAAAGCACACACACACACCCCUGCAUGCCUGUAUGACUUUCAACCUGUCAUGCCCCUGUGAUGUAAGGAAUCCCUGGGCUUUUGUUGAACACUAUAGUGCAACUAUGUGGGUGUGAUCAUGACGUCAGUCCUAUGUUGAUUUUCACGGUAGGGUUCAGUGAUCUCCCACUGAAAAGAAGCAGUCUACACUUAUAGAAAAAAAGGGUUCCAAAAGAGUUCAUCGGCUGUCCCCAUAGGAUAACCCUUUUAGGUUCUGUCGCAGCCGGCCGCGACCGGGAGACUCAUGGGCGGCGCACAAUUGACCCAGCGUCGUCCAGGGUAGGGGAGGGAAUGGCUGGCAGGGAUGUAGCUCAGUUGAUAGAACAUGGCGUUUGCAACGCCAGGGUUGUGGGUUCGAUUCCCACGGGGGGCCAGUAUAAAAAAAUAUGUAUUCACUAACUGUAAGUCGCUCUGGAUAAGAGCGUCUGCUAAAUGACUAAAAUGUAAAAUGUAAAUGGUUCCAGGCUGAACUCUUUUGGGUUCCAUGUAGAAUCCUCUGGGGAAAGUGUUCUACAUGGAACCCAAUAGGGUUCUACCUGGAUCCAAAAGGGUUCUACCUGGAACCAACCUGGGUUCUUCAAAGGAUUAUCCUAUGGGGUUGUAGCACCUUUUUUUCUAAGAGUGUAGGGUCAUACCCUGCUAGCACGCAACCAGGGAAGGCCCUGUCUGGCUGGGGGACAAUAGAAACCCAGGAGCCUGGUCUCACCUAGUUGUUCUAAUGAUAUCAGCAUCACAACAUCAUCCUAACCUAAACUUUCCUAUCUAUCUGUUCCUAUUCAUAUAGGUGUGUCACAAGCGCUUCAGCAGCACCAGCAACCUCAAGACCCACCUGCGGCUCCACUCGGGUGAGAAGCCCUACCAGUGCAAGCUGUGCAGCACCAAGUUUACCCAGUACAUCCACCUCAAGUUGCACCGACGCCUGCACUGCACCCGCGACCGCACCUACCACUGCCCGCUCUGCGCCCGCGCCUUCCUCCAUCGCUUCUCGCUGUGCGUCCACCAACGCAGCUGCUGCCCUGCUUCCUCCCAGGCCCACGCCAACCCCCAUUCCCACGCCCACAUCCGCGAGCUGGUCGAGCGCUUCGACACCAGCCCCGAGGCGGACACUCUGUCUGAAGGGGCAGGGCCAGCCCAUGUAGAAGCUGCAGUGGAGCGCUGGGUGGCCCGGAGCAUGGAAGGGCGAGAGUGCAAGGAGGACCAGAGUGAAGCCACCCUGCUGCUCAAGGCCCUCACGGCGGCCAUUAACACCCCAGCUCCUCCCAUCACGUCAUCUCACAGCUCUACUUCAGCCUAUCAGGAGCGGGCUAGUGUGGUACACCUCUACAACCGGCCAAUGGUGAAGAUGCAAGGGCAGUAG